CUUGAGAACAUGCUGGUAUUUUCAUAAGUUUAUUUGUGUUGUCACAGCCCAUGUCAAGAGAUGAAUGAUUCAGCUACACCUCCAAUUGAGCUGGUGGAAGAACACCCUUAUUUUCCCGAAAAUGAGAUUGAAUUCAAACCCUGGAAAACAUUACAACGUACACUCACUCAAGACGAAGAUGAUGACCUUGUUGCGUGGCUGCGAAAGAACUCGUUCCUGUUUGACAAGUCAUCAGCAGGGUUUAAGUUCAAGGAGAAGAAAAACAGUACAUGGGCCGCGAAGGAGGCGGAGUUGGGCCUUAGACCUGGCGACCUGUCUACAAUAUGGUACCCAAAUAUGAGGACACAGUACUCAAAGCUCAUCAAGGUUGCCAACAAAUCGGGAUCUGGUCGUGUGAAAAUCUGGUGGCGAACGAAACCAAAAUUUCCCGACCAAACCCGACCAAACUCGACUAAAAAGGGUACACACGACCCCACACGACUCAUUCACGACGUCCAUUCAACCAUCUUUCCGAUUUCUGCUCGAUCAUCUCGACCUAUACGCGAGCCUUAUACGAUCCCAGCUCGACCAAGUGGAUAUCAGCUCGAUCGCCACCAGAUCUUCACACGACCAGAUCGUGAUGGUCGUACUACAGUCUAACAAAGCGAUCUAAAAUAACUCGGGAAGAGGUCGAGCGGAUCGGGUACAGGGCUCGUGUAUGGUCGAAUAGCAAUCGAGAAGUGAUCGUGUACGAUCGAUUAGCCGCCGGGAAGCAGUCUAGUAAGUUUGUACAUCACAUCGAAUAGAGGUCGAGUGGAUCGUGUUGCGAUCUAAAAUAACUCUGGUAGAGGUCGAGCGGAUCGGGUACAGAUCGUGUAAAAGAUGUCAAUCCGAUCGGCACAAGAUUGCUUCACGAUCAACUCGAUCUUCUACUAGACUAAUUAACGACCACUUCCCGAGCUCUUCUCGAUCCACCUCCGACCACUCAUGCCGACCGAACCAGACCAGUACCCGACCGCUUGGUCGGGCUUGAUCGAGUUGAUCUGAUCGGCAAUGGGAACCCGCUUUACGGAAUGUUUACUCACUGUACGUACGUCUGGUGACCUUCGCAAUAUGAUUGCGUGUUUAUUUUUCUGACGUUAUCUAAAAACGGUGAGCAAUUAACGCAACUCGUUUGUAUAGACUUGUAUUCACAAUACAAGCAGUACAUUCUAAUAGGGGGUUGUCCGUAUGACGUUUAACCGAAUUUAAAUAAUAAUAAAAUAUGGUAUUAUCUGUAGAUGUAUAUAACACAGUGCUUCAUGUACCCUAUGCAGUUCAGCUAUUAAAAAACAUCGACCUUUAAAGAGAGGCUCCUAACAGUAUGCGCUAGUUACAUGUUUAGAAAAAAAGAGAUUAAUAAAUCAACUUUGCAAGGCAAAGUUAUUUUGCAAACAUUUGUGCAUGAAUAACAACGUAGCUUCACUGGACUUAAGUUUUAUUUACCCUGGUACAUAACUGACCUGCAUUUGAAAUGUUUGUGGUGUAGUGCAAAACCUCAUAUAAAAAGAUCACAUUUCAGCCAGCUUAUUUUUUCCAAAUGAUAAGCAUUAUAAUUACUGUAAAAAGAUUUGUCUUUCAUAUAAAAGCUCACGUUAAACCAUAAGUUGUAUGUAUCACUAUGUACAAUUCAGCUUUGUAUAAGUUGUAUGUAUCACUAUGUACAAUUCAGCUCUGUAUAAGUUGUAUGUAUCACUAUGUACAAUUCAGCUCUGUAUAAGUUGUAUGUAUCACUAUGUACGAUGCAUCUCUGUAUAAGUUGUAUGUAUCACUAUGUACAAUUCAGCUCUGUAGUUUAAGGAGGACACGUUCAUAUUCAUUGUGCAACUUGUAUCAACACACGUUUUCAU